UACAAACAGUUCAUGGAGUACAGAAGCUCUAAGUCAAAAGAACGGCAGUCUUUUAACUAUGGGCCAAAAGGAAGAUUUAAGCCUAAAGAAAGAAAACACGUCCAGAUAAAUGUAGGAUUGAUGGUGCCACAUGAAACUGAUGGAACCGAUUUAAAACCUCUAAGAGGGAAAACACUCCCGUUAUUUGCAGACCCGGAGGUAGCAGCACCUGAUCUACUGAAACAAGCUGUACAGAAAAUGAGAACAUUUAACAAGGACAUGCACGAAGGACCUUACGUCCUUUUGUAUCCAGACUGCUCAGAGGUGGUCCAUGUGCCUGGGUCAGAAAGGCCAUUCAAAUUGGCAGAAUAUAAAAAGGAAAUAGGAAAGGCAUAUUCCAGGAUCACUUUUUUCAUUUGCCUAGAGAAACACUAUAAAAGAGUGGAUGAUACCUCAGAUUCUGAUUCUGAAAUUGUCAUCACAACAAGGAGCACAGCUGAAUUCAAUCGAGCUGACACUUUGGUUUUUGAACCACAAAAUCGAAGUACUCCCAAACUCAAACUGGAAGAUGAAAGGGAGGAGACGGACAUUACAUUACCUGACAUCAUAGCAAACCUGUCACUUCCUAUUGAUCAUAAAAGAGUCAGCCGGUUCAACAUCUCAAGGGCUAAUGUUUGGGAUGGGGCAGUCAGAGGUUUCAAGCGUACAACAUAUUCUGAAACCUGUGACAUGCUGGUCAAAUUUACUGAUGAUACUGGUGUUCUGGAAGAGGGAAUUGACACUGGUGGUCCAAGACGAGAGUUUUUAACUCUACUAAUGAAACACCUAAAAGACCGGCCCAUUUUUGAUGGACCAGAAGGACAUCGAUUCUUGGUCUACAAUGCAAAUGCUGUUAGGGAGGAUGAAUACUACCUGGCAGGAAAGAUGAUUGCUGUGUCAGUUGUGCAUGGAGGUCCAGGACCCCAUUUCCUGUCGAAAGAUCUUGUACAUUAUCUUGCAGGCCAGCCUUCAUUCAAAGCACCAAUUAAUUUAAUAACUGAUGAAGAAAUAGGGAAAGCUUUGCAAGAGAUUGAGAAUGCUGCUUCAUUGGAUGCUCUGCACGAAUGUAUGAUGAGACACAGCACAAUGUUACAGACAGCAGGUUGUCUGAGACAUGUGGCUACUGUGGAAGAAAAGAGAGAAAUUGUUUCAGACUACCUCCAAUGGUAUGUUAUUGACCGCAACUCAUCUGUAAUUGACAGAUUCAAGGAGGGUCUUUCAACCCUGGAGUUUUUGACUGCACUACAGCAACACCCUACUUUGCUGGCUCCUGCCCUGUGCCACUCUGAAAAGCAACUCACUGCUUUUGACCUUGAGAUACUCUUCAAACCUGGCCUCAGUCCUUCGGGGAGUAAUCGAAGACUUAAAGAAAGUCAAACCAUGGGCUUCUGGGCAGACUAUCUCCUUGAUUGUGAAGAAGGCCAGGCUGCUGUGUCUGUGGAAGAUGUUUUGAUGUUUGCUACUGGGCUGUCUUCACUUCCCCCGUCUGGCUUGGAACCACUGCCAAAAAUAGAGUUCCUGUAUGACUCUGCGUUCCCAAUGGCAAAUACAUAUUCGUGA